AUGACCAGCUUGCACACGUCCGCUCGAUCAGCGCACCACGUCUGUCUCUGGUGCGCAAUCAGUCCAUCGGUAACGAGCAUCGCAUCAUCCUCACAGUUGACCUUGGAGCGCAAUCCGAGCAAGUCAAAUGGUUUCAUCCGAGCGCAGUCCAGUCUGACUCGCGUCUCGGCAAGGGUGCGACUGGCCGCGAGCCUUCCAGCUCGACCAGACCACAGCUUUGCAGCAUCUCAAAGAGGCGCCCACACAGCUUCUGCAUUGGAAGACGGUCUGUCCGAGGAUGAUGAUACGACUGGAGAUGCUGAGGAGAGGAGUGGCUUUGCUCGGAGAUCGAUGAAAAGACAUGCCGGACAUCCAAGACAUGCUCACUCGCAAAUCGCUGGCUCGGAAGACAGCAGCCUCAGUGAGCUUGCCUUUCCCACCUCUUCCAACUUCACUCCGUAUGACGUCUUUCAUCUCCCCAAGACUGCAAGCUCUUUGGACAUCAAAGCGCGCUACUACGAUCUGGUUCGCUUGUAUCAUCCAGACAAGCAAGCAGCGAAUCAUGUGGAGGGAGCGCCGUUGGCGGCAGAGAUGGAAAGGCAACGUCGUCAAGAGUGGGAAGUGAUGCAGCAAGCGUACGAUCUGCUGAAGCAUGAUCAUCGAAGGAGGAGAUACGAUGCGGCGGGAAUCGGCUGGACGGCGGGAAUCGGCAGCGCAGUGCGAGGCUCGACGUCUCCUUGGCACGGACCACCAAGCGCGAGAAAAGGCUGGGAAUUUAGAGGCAGCGGCCACGACGGCUUCGGCUGGCAAUCCUACGCCAAAGCGCAAGGCUCUUCUCACGACUUUUACGGCUCCAAUCCCGCUCCGGAUCCCAAGAGCGGACCGCGAUAUAUGCCCAACGCCCACUUCUUUCUGGCCGUUGGAGGCCUGACGUGGUCGCUUGCGGCAGUGCAGUACGUGAGGCUGGCCAACGAAUCCAAGGAGCGCAAUGUCCAGCUGGAACAGAAGUCGGCAUUGGCGGCGCAAAGCUUGGAAAGGGCCAGACAGCUGGCAAAGAGCAAAGAGGGAAAGAGUAGACUCGAUAGCUUGCGAAAAAGGGCGCGCGAGCAGCAGCUGCUGGUGAUGGACGAGGAGAAUGUUUGCUCGAGCGAAAGCGCUGUGAGCGUCUUGCCCGCGCCGUCUCGCACGUACUAG